AUGGAUCUCUCUAUGAUUCUUAGUCCCGCUAUUGAGGAGGAGGAGACCGGUCGUCCACGUGCUUCUGCUCGACGCGAGUCUGGCCACAACUGGAGCUUUGACGAGCUUCAGUGUGCCGUGUCGAUCCUCCAUGACUUCCAACAACCCGCUACAGAGUCAUCCGCACCUUUGCAGGGCAAUUUGCGAGAUGCUAGUGGCGUCAAGCAAGCGCGCUCCUUUGCUAAGCAGACGCACGAGUACAAAUUGGACGAAACUGACGACGUGAAGCUAUCGAAUCUUCGUCUCGACGACGAGGCCCACAUGACGGCUGGUCGUAAAGAUGAAAAGGAAAACAAUAAAGGAGAUCUUCAGCAGCACCACGUGUCUAGCAGAGUGUGGGGGGACGACAGUAUGUCUAAGCUGGACCUUCUGGUUCAAGCAGAUGCUGUUAUCAAGCAACAACGUCCUGAAUCGUCAACUACUUGCUCAGGUGACAAGGUACAACAAGUACGCAGUGGGGUGUGGUCUCGAGCUGAAGAAGAGUAUGCGUCGGCACUCGUGUCGUACUUCCUUCAAGGACUACUGGAUCUGGCUGAAGGCACGACGCUUCGCAAAUUCUUGGCGGACGAACUAUGCUGCAGUCGUCGACGUAUCUCGAUGAAAUUAGCUACGGAAUCGUUGGCCGGUCAAAGAAUUCCGCGCAAAUUGGGAGCCUUUGCGUUUGUAGCUGCCCAGCGUCUACCGAGUGAUGAGGACCGCCUGAAAGUUGAGCGUGUGCUUGAAAAACUUCGAGACGCCAACUUUAGUCUGGGUCUUGAGGGUGGCCGCUAUCACAGCCACGAUGAGGACAAGAGCCGUUCAUUCGACAAGCUCUUUUACUCGGAUGAAGCUGAUGGUGAAAAGCAUGCGUUCCCCCUCCAUCAUGACCAAAUGAGAAGGUCGGCCCGUAUCGGACGUAAGACAAGCAAGCCUACUAUCAUCCGCACAGGCUUUGAGUCUCUCGAAGAAGAAGAGUUUGUUACAACGAUGGUCGAGUUCUUUAUGGCUGGUGUUCUAGAUCUACCUGAAGGUACAAAGCUCGUACGUUAUUUAUGCCAACAACUAGGCUGCACGUCUAAGCAGUUGUCCCUCAAGUUGGCGCCGCAACACAUGGGUGAACUCAAGUUUCCGGUCAACGUCGGAUCUAUUAUAUACAUGCGCAAAAAACCAGGGGUUUUCUCACCUCCUAGCUUGGAAAAAGACGCCUUCUCCGAGGAGUUGUUUGAAGUGGAAAGCCGUCUAACCGAGUUAAGAUUAGCUCAUGAGAAAGCACACAAGAAAACUUCCCUUCCAGUAGUGACGCUCGAAAAGCGUGAGCGCAAGUCCAGUACAGCCACUGUAUCCAGAACAAGAGCAGCUAGUGUGGCCAGUACGCCUGACGCAAGCCCUGUACGCUCCUUCCAGCGCAGCGGACCAUGGUCUCAUGGUGAAGAGGUCUAUGCUGCGGCAUUGAUCGACUGUUUCUUCAAAGGUGUACUGGACAUUGCCGAAGGCACCACACUUCGUGCCUUUUUGUCGGCACGAUUGUGUUGUAACCCCAUGCGUAUUUCCAAGAAACUCUCCAGUGAAUCAAUCGCCGAGAUUCGUAUUCCCAAGAAACUAGGUUCCUCUACUUAUGUGCUCCAUGCCGAAGUGACGCCUGAAGAGCAGGCAGACACGGAGGAAUCAUUGCGAAGCUUGCAGGAUAUGUACCUGCACUCAAGCUCAAAGAAACGUGGCUCUGUGCUGGGCUCAAAGCGUCCUCGAUCAGCUGUGAGCAGUGCUUCUCGCUUGCAAGCAGCAACAAGAGUCGGCACGGACUCGGAUGCUACCAAGCUAGACUCCAAAGCUCAUAGUGUCGGAAAUAAAGUUCGAGAGACGCCAAAAGACAGAGAAGACACAAGAAGCACAAAGACAGCAUUCUAA